AUGUCGCAAGGAAAGACGUGCCACUUUAAGCUCGUGCUGCUGGGCGACACGGCCGUGGGCAAGUCGUGCCUCGUGGUGCGGUUUGUCCGCGACGAGUUCUUUGAGUUCCAAGAGCCCACGAUCGGAGCUGCUUUUCUUACACAGACAGUUGGACUGGAAGACGGGUUGACUGUCAAGUUUGAGAUCUGGGAUACAGCAGGACAAGAGCGCUACCGCAGCCUUGCGCCCAUGUAUUACCGGGGUGCUGCAGCUGCGAUCGUCGUAUACGACGUGACAAACAAGGAAUCCUUCUCUGGUGCCAAGUCUUGGGUCAAGGAGCUCCAGCGCCGCGGAGAUCCCAACGUGGUGAUUGCUCUUGCUGGCAACAAGGCUGAUCUCGAAGCUCGUCGUAAAGUGGAGUUCGAGGAGGCGCAUCAAUACGCUGAGGACAAUGAUAUUCUUCACAUGGAAACGUCGGCCAAGACAGCUGUGAAUGUGAAGGACUUAUUUGUUGCAAUUGCAAAGAGACUGCCAAAGAAUCCGAUUCAGCCUGAACGCGAGGCUUUCCCCAUCACCCCGCCCCAGGCGUCCAAGUCCAAGAGCGGAUGCUGUUAG